CUUUCAAACCGUAGUGCAAUGAAUCUCCUCUUUCUAAUGUAGAUAAAUCAAAAUGUUUGCGUGUCCUGUUUGCAAGGAUCGGUUUUCCGAAAAAACAUAUUAUCUGGAACACCUGAAAAGUCAUGGAUCGACUGUUCAACAAUACGUGUGCAAUUGUUUUAUGAGGUUUGACGUUUUCAGCAGCUUCAAGCGACAUUUUCUACGUUGUCAAUAACUCAAUAGUGUGCCUUUCGAUGAAUGUACUGCCGGAACCUCACAAGAUAUACGAGGAUGUGAGGGCGGAACCGUACUUAUCCCUAAUACGACUAGUUUAGAACUAGCGCUUCUAGAACCUGAGAGAGUAAUUACUGAACCUGAGAAAGACAUCGUGAACACAAUAGAAGAAGAAAUGUUAAAACUUGUAUUACGAUUCAUGUCCGACAGCGUAUUAAGUAGGAAAAAGGCACUUGAUUUCGUUAACGAUAUAAAUAGGUUUUCUUGUACUUUGUUAGCUGGCAUUAAAAGCAACUUAAAAACAUUUGUUAAACCAGAGUCGCAAGCUGAUUUUGACAAAAUAUUACAACAAUUGAUUGAAAAGUUCUCUUUAAAGACUGAAGACCAAGUGCAAACAUUUUUAAAAACCAAAAAUUUGUUUAAGGAUCCUAGUGUAGAGAUUGUGCAUAACCAACUAGAACAUGUUACACAUCUGAACCAGAGAGUAAUUGGCCACAAGAAACAAAAAGUGAUAAUGCCAUGCGUUCAGACAUCUAUCAAACAAUUUUUCGAAAGAGACAACCUGUUGAAUCUCACUAUCAAGAACAUGAACCAGCUCAACCAUGACAAAAGCGGUAAAAUAAGUAAUUAUAUUCAAGGAUCCUCUUGGAAGAAAAAAAUUGAAGAGUUGGGGAAAGAUAACUUGUAUAUUCCAUUUUUUUUAUACAAUGAUGAUUUCGAUUCGGACAAUUCUUUGGGAGCACAUAAAGGAAAAAACUCUCAGUGCGGGUUCUAUUUAUCCUGUCCAGUUAUUCCUAAUAGAUUCAAAGGAAAGCUCAACAGCUUUAUUCCUGUUAUGUUCAUCAACUCAAAAGUUAAAAAAAUUCGACCACAACGUGUUUUUCGCGAAUUAAUUAAGAAAAUGAUCCUCUUACAGAGGGAAGGAAUUGAAAUUACUGAUAGCCACAACACAACUCGAAUAUAUCCGGUGUUGUGUAUGUUCACUGGUGACAAUUUAUCUCUAAAUUAUAUCGGAGGAUUUACUACAAGUUUUAGUUCCAAUCAUUAUUGCCGUUGGUGUUUGUCUUCAAAAAGUGAAAUGCAAGAAAUGAUUUCAGAAGAUGAAACAUCGCUCAGGAAUAUGAACAAUUAUUUGAAUGAUGUUAAGAAAAGCAACAUGAAAGAAACGGGAAUUAAAUUUCGAUGCCCAUUUAUAGAUUUACCAGCGUUUGAUAUUAUUAACGCAUUGAAUUUUGAUCCCAUGCAUGAUUUAGGCGAAGGUAUACUACCUUAUACGGUUGCACUUGUGUUAGCAAAACUUCUCACGGAUUAUGGAUCCGAAAGUUUUUCAUUAGAAGUCAUUAACAGCCGAAAAAAUUUGUUCGACUACGGGUUAUACAAGAUGAAUAAUAUACCAGAAGACAUAACCCGGUCAAAUUUAAACGAAGAAAUGCUGAAAAUGUCGUCCUGCGAAAUGUUUACAUUUGUUGAUUUUUUACCAAUGAUGAUCGGUGAUUUAAUUCAAAUAGGAGACAAGACGUGGAAAUACUUUUUAAAGCUUCGGAAACUUGUUGGCUUUGUAUAUAAACCAUCUUACUCAAAAGAAGAGAUAAAUGAGUUGAAAAACAUGAUCUAUCACCAUCACAAAAUGUUUAUGGAUAUUUUUGGAAAAACGUUGAAGCCAAAAAUGCAUCACCUAUUACAUUAUCCUACUGCUAUAGUUCGCAAUGGACCACUAAAAUCAACUGAUGGUAGGCGAGGUGAGAGCAAAAACCGCGAAAUAAAACAGUACGCUAGAGUUAAUUUCAACAGAAAGCAGUUAAGUUUAUCGAUAGUAAAAAAAGAGAUUUACAAAAGCUCAUAUUACUCCUUUUUAAAAUAUACUGAGCAUCAUUUUUCAUUGAUCAAAUCCAAAUAUGUAUACAUACAUCAAUUGAAUCUCAAUACUACAAUGUUCUCAAGGAAUGAACUAUGUGAAACUUCAACAUCGGGAACAUUUGAUGAUUUGAAAAUAAAUACAAAAACUUGUUUUAAAAUUGUCGAAACUUUUGUAAAAGUGCAAUAUCUUGUUGUGGUCAACGGUAUAAUUUAUGCGGUAGUAGAACAUCUUGAUGUGGAAUGUUUUUCAGACCAUAUGGUAUGUUACUUUAUAAAACCACAUGGAAGUAAUUUAACCACUGUUUUUGACUUAAGGCUUCUUGACAAUUUUCCACAGACAUUGCACAAAUUGAGCAACGGAAAGCUUGGUCUUGUUGAGCCUGAGUAUAUGUAAAUAUGUUUUCAAGUUAAAUUUAGGAAAUAAGUUAUAUCACAAAUUAUUAAAACAAUAUAUAUCAAACAGUAUUUAUACUUUUUUUAUGAUCUUAACCCUGUGCAAAGUCCAUAAAAAUCUACCUUCAACACAAUAUAACGCUUAUAAUAAACCGGAACAUCGAAAUUACAGACGGUGUAAGAUGUAAAAUGAAAAUAGUAAAACAUAUGCUAACCCUUCUACUUUCGUACGCUGGUAUACGAUCAAUCUGAC